AUGCAGUUUGGCGGACCACUCAUCACCGACCGAACGAAGGGCUACGACUUCUCCUUAUUCGCACGCUUCAAGGACCGUGCUGCUUUGGAUACUUAUGCUGCCAACGAUGAGCACAGAUGGGUGAUUGAUAAUGUUAUCCGGCCGCAUACUGAUAUUGAAGAAACCAUCGACUAUGAUCUUGAGAUUCCAGACGAUGCAUGGUGA